UCUGCAGUGUGAACCCCAGCUCGUAUGAGGUCGUACCGAAUGGGUCACACGACUCUCGUUCCCAACACUCGAGUAUGAUUGUCCCAUUAUUACAGCUUGAUAAUAUGUUCCACGUCAUGGGACAUCCUGGAGCUUAUAAAGAGAAUAUUAUGUCAGGAAGGAUGUGGAAGAAGCUAGUGGUAGGGCAUGGCAUGAACUCCAUCAUCAGCUCUCAGAAUAACUCCUUCUGCGAACAUAUCGACCAGGAGACUAUUAGCUGCAGUUGUGGAGAGGAGGAGACAGAGUUUGCCUGGGUAUGGAGCACACGCGAACAAGGUGGACAGGCUGGAAGUGUGGUCCUGGGGCCAGACCAGCGGCAGAUAAGCUUCAAUCCAGAGUAUAGUUCUGGAACAACAGCUGUUCGUGGAUCUGAGUCCCUUCCAAUUGGCCAUCAUCACUACUGGGAGUUGAAAAUGACCUCUGCUGUGUAUGGAACAGAUAUUAUGGUUGGUGUGUGCACUGCCAAAUUUGACCUCAAAUAUGCAGUUCACCGGUUCUGCUCCCUCCUUGGCCGAGAUCACGAGUCAUGGGGCUACUCAUACACAGGAGGUAUCCAGCAUGGAGGAAAGUUUAAGCCCUAUGGUCCACGUUGGGGCAAGGGCAGCAUCGUGGGUCUUCACCUGGAUUCUUGGCGUGGAACCCUGGAAUUUUACCUCAACAGAAAACCUCUAGGUGUGGCUUUUGUGGGUCUUCAGAACAAGGAAGUGUAUCCCAUUGUGACAUCCACCUCAGCACACUCAGGCAUGAAGUUGGUCUCAAGUUACACAUUUCCAGUCAGUCUUCAGUGUCUUGCUUCUGAAGUCGUAUGCAAACAGUUAUGUGAAAAGAUGAAGGUUGGAGUAGAGGAUCUGCUAUUACCCCCUGGCCUCCGUACCUUUAUAAAGAACAAUUACCGGCCAUUUAUGCGUUCUUUUGGUGCAGGGUAUGAAAGGACUAGCUUCAAGGCAGGUUCAGGGUGUGCAUGUAACUCCAAACGUACCCAUGAAGAUGACCCAGUAGAAACUAAAAGGCCCAAGAGAUUAAGAUGGAUGCUGUACACACCACCUGCCAUGCUGCGACCCAGGUCUUCAUCAAGUUCCUCAGAUAGUUCUUCAGACGGUAGCUCAUCUCCUAAUUCCCAGCUCUAUUUUCCAGAUCUAGGUAGUUCACAGUCAGGAAGACAACUUAUUGUUGCUCAGCCAAAUACAGCAACUACAUCCAUUUCUUCUAUUUCUUCAAGACCUACCAUACCUUCUGCUGCCUCUUCCUCUUCUCCUCCCAUUUCUUCUGAGCCUACUUCUUCCUCCUCAUCUGGUUCACCAUCCCCUCCAUCCUCCUUGCUCCAAUGAAUUAAGUACUCUUAAUAUAACUACAUUGCUAAGUUCACAAGACUUCUUUUGUCUUUUUUCUCUGUCAUUGACUGGUGCAUUUUUCUGUCACCAUAUAGCAAUUUUCACCUUGGAAAUUAUGUAAACUAUUUGGACAAGUAUAUAGUAUAUAUAGUAUAUCCCUCCCCAAAUCAAAUUAGGCAGAGAAGAUAAAAAUAUGAUUCUAAUUAGUUUUUUAUGUUAUAGUGUUUACUUUUUUUCUUUCUUUCUUUGUGACAGUGGUUACUGCAAAAGUUUACUUAUGACAAAACAGAAUAAUUUUAUUCAGUAAUUAUUUAUUCCUGCUUUUGUUUUACUUUUUUGUAUCAUUGUUCAGGUAAGAUUGUGUGUUUGUGUACAUGUUCAUGUGUAGGGUGAAUAUAUAUAUGUACAUGUAUAUCCAGGCAUGGCUUUCAUGCAUAAUUUUGUUACUAUAUACAUCAGUAAAUAAACACACUUCAAGGAUUUCCAUUCUUGAGAACAAAGACUAUUCUGUCUCUUACAUUUUCUUUUCUUUUUUACUCUGGAGGAUUGUUUCCUGGUUUCUUUCUCUAGAAUUAUUGUUCUCAAGUUAGAGAGUUCUUAAUAAACCUCAUUGUAAAUCUGAUGUUUGAACAUUAUAUUAGAAAUGACAGUAUUGUGCAUUUACCAUGUAUUCACAGUAUAGAUAAUAGACAGCACACGUAGUAUGCAGUUUAUCAAUGUACAAUACUCUAGCUGCCAAACUGGUUAUUAAUGGAACAUAAGAUUAUUGUUUAUUACAAAUCUGUACGAUAGCUGUAUAUUUAUGACAAUCAGGUAAAUGUAUUCAGUCCUCUUGUAAUCUUUCUCUAGUAGUGAAGUAAUUGACAUUCUACAUUAUGUCAAUGUAAGAUUUAACUCUUUUUUCAUUUAAAUUCAGUUGAAUGUAUAAUGAUGUAUUUUUAAAUGAUAUAUAUAAAUGUAUAUUUUAUAGGAUAUUAAAAGUUGUAUAUAAGAA